UCUUUUUUUUCUUUUUAUUUAUAUUAGGGUUUGGGUAUAUCAAUUUUUCUUUUUGAUUUUUUAUAUUCACUACUUCGCCUGGCUGGUAAUCUAUUGCCGAAGACGUCGACAUAUGAAGAUGCCAGUGGCGUUGCUGGUGCUGCUGGCAUUGUCCAAUGCGAUCGAAGUCAAUGGAGGAGGGAGCAAUCUUGGGUGUGACAAUAAGCUGGCAUUGCAACCGAGACCCCAUAGUGUAUCCAUCUUGGAAUUCGGUGCCGUCGGAGACGGCAAAACUUUGAAUACCAUUGCCUUUCAAAAUGCUAUUUUCUAUCUCAGGUCUUUCGCCGACAAGGGCGGUGCUCAACUUUAUGUGCCUCCGGGACGAUGGCUUACAGGAAGUUUCAAUCUCACUAGCCAUCUCACCCUAUUCUUAGAAAAGGGUGCUGUAAUUCUUGGAUCUCAGGAUCCAUCUCACUGGGGUAUUGUUGAACCCUUACCAUCAUAUGGUCGAGGAAUUGAACUUCCAGGAGGAAGGUAUCAAAGUUUGGUGAAUGGCUAUAUGUUGCGUGAUGUCAUAAUAACCGGUGAUAAUGGAACCAUAGACGGGCAGGGCUCGGUUUGGUGGGAAUGGUUCACAUCUCAUUCUUUAAACUAUACUCGCCCUCACCUUGUAGAAUUUGUUUCCUCCGAGGAUGUACGUGUUUCAAACAUUACUUUCCUGAAUGCCCCUGCCUAUAACAUUCAUCCAGUCUAUUGCAGCAAUGUACAUUUACACAACAUAACAGCCUAUGCUCCACCAAGAUCACCGUACACCGUUGGCAUAGUCCCAGAUUCUUCUGAUAAUGUUUGCAUUGAGGACUGCAACAUUAGUACGGGCCAUGAUGCGAUUGCCCUCAAGAGUGGCUGGGACGAAUACGGCAUUGCCUAUGGUAGACCUACCACAAAUGUCCACAUCCGGUCAGUCCACCUUGAGUCAUCUACUGGUGCGUCUAUUGCCUUUGGUAGUGAAAUGUCAGGAGGCAUUGCCAAUGUCCAAGUGGAACAUGUCUAUCUCUACAACUCAUUAAGCGGUAUAGAAUUUAGAACAACCAUUGGCAGAGGUGGUUACAUCAAAGAGAUCAUCAUAUCAGAUGCUGACUUGCUGAACGUCAACACGGCAUUUGUUGCCAUUGGUGACUACGGUACCCAUCCGGAUGAGAAAUUUAAUCCCGAUGCUUUCCCGUCUAUCAAGAAGAUCACACUGCAGAACAUCACCGGUAGAAAGAUCAAUGCUGCAGGAAAUUUCACGGGUAUCAAACAUUCUCCAUUCAAUUCAAUAUGCAUAUCAAAUGUAUCUCUAUCAAUCAGUCCCACCGGUUCCAUUCCUUGGACGUGCUCAAAUGUUUCUGGCUAUUCCGAGUCUGUCUUUCCAGAACCAUGCGACGAGCUUAAGAAUGUGAAUACAUCUUCAUCGUGUUUCUCCAUCUUGAUGAAUCCCAACGGUGGAAGUGCUCCGGCUACUGCAAUCUUACGAUAAGUAUUCCUUCCUACUAGAAGAAAAAAAAUCACACCUGAAUAAAUCGGAAAUCUCCAUCUGUCAAAUUCUUUUCAAUAAGACACGCGUCUAGAAUACCUUGGUCCGUUUCGUGUCGGUGUUUUAGCUUGUCCUGCAGAUUGUUUGUACAGCUUGAUUUCUUCAUUCUUGUGUAAGGAAAUUUUUGUCGUCGGCGGCUAGUACAAGAAAGGGGGAGGGGGUUUGGCUUAUUUUUCA